AUGUGCCGCAACGUAUCUUCGCCAAUCUUUGACGUUCCGGAAUUUCCUACUCUACGUCGGGUAAAGCCACUGCCUAAACGGCGACGGACUUCUUCCACCCACUUCUCCGUCCUCGAUUCCAGUACAACCAAUAACAUUGACUCUGGUUCAAGGAACACGCCGAGGAUGCUUGUUGCUGAAACUAAUGGCGUGCCACACUCGUUGCAUAUGCCAGGUUUACCACCUAUCCCUUUGUCGCUUCCGGGUCCCGACGCUACAGCGGAAGAGCUACUCGCACAUGCUGACGCUCUACAGUCAUAUUAUUUUCCGAUCCUAGAUGCUGCUGCUGCUAAUAUUAAUGCCGUUGCAGACGGGUUCGCAAACGCCGUCGAGCCCGGUUACAUUCAUCCUGGCUCAGAUAUUCUAUCCGACCUCGAACCAGGCAAUCUCGCAUCAUCGCCUGGUGUUGGUUUAGCUGGACUUGGAAUCCACAAUCUCAGUCUUCGAGACCGAGACGAACAUUCUGAUCGUGGCGAUGGUGAUUACAUCGACCAACCAGGGAAUGCCAAAAAACGAAAAGUACCAGCGAACACGUCGCAUCUUCAAGGUGCGCGUGACGCUACUUCCGGUGAGGAAGAUGCGGAGGAUCCCGACGGACCGUUGAUGAUAGGUAUUCCUACGGGUACGUUGGAGGCCGGAGCGAACGACAGUAAUACGGGCCAAGGUGAUGGUGGAGGGGAAGGAGCAGGGGAAGGAGGAAAAUCGUCAAUGUCAACUUUCCGUCGUCUACUAGGUCGUAGAAAGACUCGACUUUCUGCUGUCACCCUUGCCGGAUUGCAACACAAAGAGACUCUGAAAGUUCGGAAACGACAACUUGCAGCGGUGUUGGGCGCGUUGUCUCUCGGGGACACGCUGGCAUUGGAUCAAGCUCUCUCAAGUAACAGUGCUUAUCCAUUUUCGAGUUCUUCCAGCGCGCCAGAUGAUGCGCUGGUUCCAUUACCUGUAGGUGGAAAGCCUUCUCUCAAAAUCAAGCUUUCCAAGCGAGCGGGACCGAGAAUGGCGAGAAGUGUCUCGUCAAGAUUGAAAGAUGAUGAGGAGUCUCAUGUGCAGGUUCCUGGAAGCGACUUCACUUUUGUGUGUUAUAGCGCUACCGCUGACCGACUUUCUGCGACUAAGAAGGAGGUGGCCACUCUCCGUCGCCGGUUUGAGGAUGAAUUGGCACGGCAGGCGUCUAACGCAGCCAGUUUAGCUGCUGCCACUCGCGCUGUGGCGUCUCCUCUUAGCAGCAGAUCGUCCCGACAGAAACGGAGUGGUAAAGCACGUACAGAUAAGAAGCUUCGAAACCAACCACCUGAGUUCCUAGAUCCUGCCUUGGAUGGUCAGACAUAUGGAGCCGGCGGUAUGCAGAACAACCCGGAUAACAUUCCCAGUUUCAAUGCCAAGUCAUCUCGGAACGGGAAGAAAAAAAAGCGUUCUGCGCUUGCGAACGCCUCGAAUCCACAUCAUCUGCGUAACUAUGUCCCUUCCAGAUUACCUUACACUGCUGGAGGUUGUCCGUCUAAUGCGAACGGUAUGAAUCAAGCGAACGGGAAUGAUCUUGGUCCGUUCCCGAUACGGUUUUUAUCAGCUGAGAUACCGCCCCGGCGAAGCAGUCGUAGCAAACGAUCACAGGCUCAGGAACAACAACAAUUAUCGACAUCUCUGACUAAUCCCGCAGAUGAAUGGCUGUGUGUAUUCUGCGAGUAUGAACUGUUUUUCGGGGACGAAGGAGAGUAUCGAAAAGCUCUCAGGAGGAGGAAGACUGUUUUGAAGAGAAGGAGGAGAGCGAGGGAACGUGCUGCUGCUGCUGCUAGCGGACAAAGUAAAUUGUCCACUGCGAAGAAAUCGCAACAGCCAGCGCCGGUGGCGGCGACGCAUGAUUCUGAGGAAGAAGGGGACGAUGAAGACAAUUAUGAGGACGAUGCGGGGUACGAGCCGAUGGGCACCGGUGGCCAAACUGUUGGAAAUGGGGUGAACGGAAUGCUACCGAAGCAGACCAAAUGGAGAGGAGAUAACAGGGAAAAGGGAGCUGGGGAGGCAAAAAGCUCGUAUGUAUGA